AUGGAACCUCGAGUAACUGGAGGGGAGAUGGUUUUGGCAGAGAACGCUAGAAUGCAAAUAAGAAUUUACGAAUUGCAACAACAGAUUCGUGCUUUAAAUGCUGACAAAGAUGAAUUGGUUCAAGAAAAUACAUGUUUAAAAAAUAGAAAUCAAGAACUUGAAACUGAUAAUAAUCAGAUUCGUGCAGCAAAUGAAAAUUUGAC